AUGCGUGCACCCGCUGCUGCGACAGCAAAUUCUAAUCCUCUUGAAGAAAAGAAGCUUCGGCCUUUCGAGAAUAACAAUUCGCGUAACCCCGCACACAGCGAUAUGCCAAAGUCUCCAGCAUCACCGAGACGACCAUGUGAAUCAUCAUUUGGGAAGCCAGAUGAGCCCUCUCAGUCAGAGUAUGUGACAAACGCAAUACAAGGUCUGUCCCUGGUCAAAGAUGCGGCAACCCCACAAAGCGGUCCCCAGAGUGCUGAAAGUGGGGAGUCUCUUGAGGAUGAUCAAUCCCACCUUUCCAACUCCUCUACCAAACAGCAGAGUUUCGAUACCAAGAGCAUGGCAUCAGUAACCACCUUUGCAAUGGACGAGAAAGAAAGCAUUCGUCCGGAUGACAGUGCGAGUGUCAGAGCGGCCGAGGACGAUGAAGCCUCAAAUGCACCGAGCAGAGAAUUGAGCUUUCAUCGUGACUCGGAACCUCUGGCAUCACCAACACGUACUAGCUCGCGACCAAAUACAUCUGGGGUCACUAUUGUUGCUCGCCGUUAUCAUACUUUGACCCUGACCAAUCCCCCGCGCUUCGGAGACCUUCCUGUCAUUCCAAUUGUUGAGGCCGAGAAUCUCGAUCAACAAUCGCGGCCAGAAGCUUCAGCUGAGCAACCGCCAGAAUCGCAUGAACGGGCACCCUCGCUUCCUAUUGCACCGGAUGAAAAACUUCUUGAUGCUCUCGCAACUCCCAAGGAUCGCCUACCUCUUUUGCAACUCGAAGAGAAAUUUUUAGGCUUCAUUGCGAAUCCCGAGAGUGAAUUCCUUGACCUUCCACCACAAAACUCUUUUGCCCGGUUGCUCGCACACAAACUAGCAGAUUAUUAUUGUCUUGCCCAUCGAAUCAACGAAGAUGGCACAUCGAUUCGUGUGUUCAAAACGCCUUGUGUAUCGAUACCCACACCUUUACAUGUAUUAGCACAGUCCGUUCCUGCUGGCCCAGCCCAGCCCCCUUCUGCGAUGGCUGUAAAAAUAAUGCGGAGGGCCGGAUUGGGUCCAAGACAGGCAUCCGCUGGCGGCAGCACCCCUGCAAGUUCUUCUGUCCCAUCGAAGACGACCUCGGAAGCUGGGCUGGAAACGAACAGUGAGGAAGGCGUCGUGUCGCCAGUCGACGGUACGCCGAAUAAAGACAAGUCGAAACUCACGAGGGAAGAGCGGGAAGCACAGUACAAAGCGGCUAGAGAGCGAAUAUUUGGCGAUUUUCAGGAGUCCGUGACGAGCGAGAGCGCGUCUACUGGAGAGAAUUCAGCUAGCAUCUCACGCUCCAGCUCAUCAAGUGGAAAGAGAAAAACACGAAAACACAAAACCCCGAAAGACGACAGCUUCGAGGCUCGCUCGGCAUUUAUUCCCAGCUAUAGUCCGAUGCACGCUCCGAAUUUGCACCAGCAAUACCCGCCCCAAUAUUCAGAGCAAGUCUACCAAGGUCCAUAUCAAGGCCCAACUAGUGGAUUCGGCGCAAACGUGAAUUAUGGCACUACUCCCACAUCAUCUUAUCCUAAUUUCGAUCAAUCGAUGCAGUACAAUAGUCCCGUGGGCUAUGGACCCAACGGCAAUCAGCAAUUCAGUCCAUCGGACUCUUGGUCAUCAAUACAGUCGCCCUCAUCGACCGGAUAUUUCAGCUACUCUGCAUCUCCAGCCAGCUAUCAGCAGCAUAUUCCACCAAUGAUGACACAGAUGAACAAUCAAUUCAUGCAGCAACCUCGUUCGGGCAUGCAGCAAUCGCAGAAUUGGAUGAACAAUCAAUUUGCAGCUCCCUAUCACCCCCCGCCCGGUUCUGCUAACUCGAACAUGAAUGGUUGGUCAGGCUAUCAGCCUACCGCAGCCAUCAAUAACUCGGCGACUUACGCAUACGGGCAACUUCCUGGGCAGAAUUUCGCCGGGAGCCCUACCUACAAUACGCACCAUCCCGGUCCAGGCACCUUCCCAAGGUCUUUAUUCAACCCACAGACACGUUCCUUCGUACCAAGUAAUACUCCAAGCCGCACGGCCGGACGCAAUGGGCGAAAGAAGCCUUCGCCAUCACCAAGCCAAAAUCGAGCCAGUACUGAUAAUUCGGGCAUACCCGCGGUGUUGUCACCACGUGGAUUUGAGAAAGGACCCCGUAAUUCUUCGUCGCCAAAGCCAAAAGAAGAUUCACUGCAACAGAAAUACGGUGCUCCAGCCCAUCUCCCCAAGAAGCCCCCACCGUCACAAGUCCCAUCAUCCUAUGAUGUGGAAAGCAUAAGCAAUACAACCUUGACUUCAGGACCACUUGCACUGAACGGAGGCGCAGCCGGUAGUGGGCCGGCCAGCGGUUCAUGA